UCUUUCGUUUCUGCACUAGGCGGAGAAAAGGGCGAGACGCGGAUGUUUUGCCAUGUUUCAGAACAUGGGCAGCGUCCUGACGAGGUGCGCGCUCACCGACGUGGCCGUGCAAUGGCUCGGCUGGGCUGCGGCCGCCGCGCUGCGCACGGAGAAGUUUUACGACUUGGCAGGUUCAGGUACAUUUCUGCUACUGGCCCACCUGAGCCGCCAGUGGGGGGGGACUGGCUACGUGCGGCAGAACGUGCAGACUGGCCUGGUGGCGGCCUGGGCAUUGCGGUUGGGAGCAUUCCUCUUUGGGCGGAUACUUAAGGAGGGGCAGGAUCGCAGGUUCAACAAUGUCAGAGACAAUCCAAGAAUCUUCUUUGUGUACUGGACCAUGCAAGCACUUUGGGUGUUUGUGACCCUCCUGCCGACCCUGAUUUUAAACAGCGAGCGUCGGGAUAAACCCCUGGGCACACGGGACUAUGUGGGCUGGGGAAUAUGGGGUGUAGGUUUUGCCACAGAGGCCAUUGCAGACCAGCAGAAGUGGAAUUUCAAGCAGGACACUAACAACAUAGGUAAAUUUAUCCAGAGUGGACUGUGGGCCUAUAGCCGACACCCAAACUACCUGGGGGAGAUCUUGCAGUGGACAGGACUCUUCAUUUCUGCCUCCUCUGUGAUGAAGGGGCCCCAGUACCUUAGUGUGGUGUCUCCUCUCUUCGUCUGGUUCCUGCUACGCCACGUCAGCGGGAUCCCCAUCUUAGAGAAGCAAGCUCUACAGAAGUGGGGCUCAGACCCAGCUUUCCAAAACUACAUCAAAAACACACCUCUUCUCUGGCCAGACCUCAGGUUCUGGUGAUGUUUCACUUCCUUUUUUCAGCUAUGAGUCACAGGUGACUGAAUACAAUGUGAAGUCUUCCAUUAACUCAUGAGAUUUCCCUCCCACUUUGACUUGCAGUAAAUAUUCUACCAUUAAGACAAAUCAAUUUGCAUCUAUUACAAAGAAACUCUUAAAGGCAGCAAUGCUUCAAAGGACAAAAAUGAUCAGUAUUUUGAUACAAAGGUAUACUGUAUUUCAAAGAAACAGCACAACUUAUACAACAUGCACAAUCAAAGAUCAGUGCAUUGUAGGACUUGGCAACAAAAAUCAGAUGUGAUCAUUUAACAUUGUAUUUUAAAUUGCUCAAUUCUGGCAUGUCAGAAUGUUGCCUGGCUAUUUCAACUUAAUACAAGAUAAAGCAAAAUACAGUGUAGAAUCAUUUUCUUUAAAAGGACACAAGCUGUUUCAUGGGUGCUGAAAGCACCUUGGUAUUAAAAAACCAGUAACCCAUCCUCUCUUUCCAUGUGCAAUUCUACCCUUUGAAACAAGCUGCAUCCAUCUACUUCAACAAGAAAAUUAAAAAAAAAUCAAACCUGGGAAAAAGAUGACAUCUCAGCCAUGUUCCUACUGUACACUGAAAUCCAGGCAUAUUUGAAAUGCCCAUUUCACAAACCCAGUCCCCAAUGCACUACACAUAGACAUGAAUUUGCAAGCAUUUACAAGACAAUAGUGUUACUGUAAAUCUAGUGUACCCAGGAUGCCAUGUUAUUUUUGGUACCCAUAAAAAUGAUAUAGCAUCAUCUGUGAAACUCAAAGCUUUUAAAAUAUAACUAUUGUUGUACAGAAUAACGUAAGGCUGAGGACAAGGUACACAGUUAAACACCUAACCUAGUAUUGUUACAUUUUUCCAAUACAUUUUUUCACUUCUCCAAAGUACAUUAAAAAAAAUACCUCCAUGCAUGUCUAAACUGGCUAUAACUAAUCCGUUCUUCCGUUAUACUGCAGACAAUUUGGUAAUAAGUAGUCAAAUCUUUUCAAUUAGUAUUUGAUUAAAUAUCAGAAAGGAACUCGCAUUAUUAUAUACCGCAAAGCAUGAAGAUUCAUCUGUAUAGCCAUUCUGCAACAACUGCAAAAAAAAACAGUUUGGGCAAUAAA